UAUCCUGAGAUAUAUCAGAAAUCGACGAACAUUCCUUGUAUGUCUUAUUACGGUUAUAUGUUACGGAAUUGCAAAUAUUCCUAUAUCUGUAGUCAUUAUUUUGGAAGUCGCUGGCGAAUAUUCUUUAUCAAAGAAAUAUGCAUGGAGUGUCUAUUUUGCUAACGUUUUUCGAGUUGCUGGCUCGCAUUCAGUAAAUCCGCUUAUAUAUGGAAUAUUGGACAAAAAGUUGCCCAUAUUUUGGAAACUUUGUCCCAAGAGGGAACGUAGACCACUACAGGGAAGUCAGGCAUUUGUUGUACCCAAUCAGACAAACGAGACAACGUUCACCGAUUGUUAG